CCCACUCCCUACCCAUUACCGCCUCCCAGCCCCCUCGCACGACCGCUUCUUUCGAUCGCGGCCGCGGCCAUUGUCGCCCCUCCAUCCCAGUCUCGCAAUCUAACCCCAACCUCCGACCGGCACGGCCCCCAUCACGAGCCCUCGCGCCUUCCUGCCCCCUUCGCACCACCAAAAACUUGCCGCCGAGCGACAACUCGUGCCGUAUCUCUCCUUCCGCUCCGCAUUCCGAGCUAGAUAUCAACCAGCUGCGCGCCGCGCCACUCUCGUCACAUCACACUACACACUCCCUCCUCUCCACACAACUGCAACAGCACUCCCUCUCCCUCAUCCACCACUACCACCCCCAGCUGACCGAUGACGCUCUUCCGGUCGGUCUCGACUCUGUCGCUAAGCGCCUUUGACACGACGCUUGCUGCCGCUGGCGGCGCGCCUUUGUCCAAGUGCGAGCGCUCUCCUACUCCCCCUUUCCGCGGAUUUGUCGACCCCUUCAUGUACACCCACGCCCUUACGCGUACGCGUACACGGGCAGCCCGCUCUCCCCGGUACCGCUCCCCUGCCUCCUCGGUCUCGGACGCACCGACGUCGCCGACAACCCCCAUGGAUCAACGCGACGGGCCAGACUAUGCGUUUGAGUAUGAGGCCGACCCUGCGUACCACUACAACCUUGACAACCCCACUUCCCCGAUCACGCGCAUGCGCGACAUCGAGCACCUCGGCAAGUGCCUCGAGCGCAGCCCAAGCGUCCCAAAGGCCCUCAUGGAUAUCUACAUGUCCCCUCCAUUCUCCCCAACAACAGCGGCGCAGCGGUAUGCCGCAGCCCACCGCGCGUCGAUCGACGCAAACUCGGGCCCCCACCCCCUGUCGGCGUCGCAUUCGCGCUCGUCCUCCGACACCUGGGACGAGGUGGACGAGGACGUGAAUGACGGCAUCGUGUGGAUGGGCAAGCGCGACCCCCCAACUCCCGAGUACUACCACCGCAUCGUAACGUUCCGGCGGUCUGUGGGCUCGGCGCUCGACCCGCGCGCUCCAGCGCCUCCCGCGCCAACCAAGAAGAACCCUCCGCUCAUGAAGAAGCUUGUGGGGGCAUGGCGCGACCGCCGCCGCCGCCGGUCGACCAAGUAAACUUGGCGCGGGCAGAAGCAAGCCAGACGGACACGAAGACGAGACGCAUUGUAUUCAUUAGUGGCCUUGUAGCGGACGCCGAGACAGAAGCAAGAAGCCCACUCGUCAUAUCGACGCGGGAAGCACCACGGA